CUCUCGGAUACACACAGCUCCUCACAUUCGCACCCCUGCCGGCGAGCCGGGCCGCCUGACCACACGGCUUCCCCGCCAGCCAGAUGCUAGAGAACACACACUGAUUUGCUGCUUUCCAAGCCCUGGAUCAGUCUCUUUCUCUACACAAAGAUUCCUUUAAAAAACAAACAAACAAACAAACAAAAAACUACAUAUACACAUUUUUUAUUUACACCGUUCCGCUGAGUACCCUGCUCCUCCAGCUUGCGCGCCUCCCAGAACCACUUUUCACUCCCAAAGAAAGAUGAAAGGUGUCUGUGUCUCCCAGUGGAAGGUGGCCGCCGGGCUCCUCUUCUGUGUCAUGGUUUUUGCAUCUGCCAAGAGACCGGUCUUCACGAAUCAUUUUCUUGUGGAGUUGCAUAAAGGAGGAGAGGAAGAAGCUCGCCAAGUUGCUGCAGAACAUGGCUUUGGAGUCCGAAAGCUCCCCUUUGCUGAAGGCCUCUACCACUUUUAUCACAAUGGUCUUGCAAAGGCCAAGAGAAGACGCAGCCUACAACACCAACAGCAGCUGGAGAGAGAUCCUAGGGUAAAGAUGGCCUUGCAACAAGAAGGAUUCCACCGAAAAAAGCGAGGGUAUAGAGAUAUCAAUGAGAUCGACAUCAACAUGAAUGAUCCUCUAUUUACAAAGCAGUGGUAUUUGAUCAAUACUGGACAAGCUGAUGGCACUCCUGGCCUUGAUUUGAAUGUGGCAGAAGCCUGGGAGCUGGGAUACACAGGAAAAGGUGUUACCAUUGGAAUUAUGGAUGAUGGAAUUGACUAUCUCCACCCGGACCUGGCCUCGAACUAUAAUGCCGAAGCAAGUUAUGACUUCAGUAGCAACGACCCCUAUCCCUACCCUCGAUACACAGAUGACUGGUUUAACAGUCAUGGGACCCGAUGUGCGGGGGAAGUUUCUGCUGCAGCCAACAACAAUAUCUGUGGGGUCGGAGUGGCAUACAACUCCAAGGUUGCAGGUAUCCGGAUGCUGGACCAGCCAUUUAUGACAGAUAUUAUUGAGGCCUCUUCCAUCAGCCACAUGCCCCAGCUGAUCGACAUCUACAGUGCCAGCUGGGGCCCAACAGACAACGGGAAGACGGUGGAUGGGCCCCGAGAGCUCACGCUACAGGCAAUGGCUGAUGGUGUGAACAAGGGCCGAGGCGGCAAAGGCAGCAUCUAUGUGUGGGCCUCUGGGGAUGGCGGCAGCUACGACGACUGCAAUUGUGAUGGCUAUGCCUCAAGCAUGUGGACCAUCUCCAUCAACUCAGCCAUCAACGAUGGCAGGACAGCCUUGUACGAUGAGAGCUGCUCCUCCACCUUGGCUUCCACCUUUAGCAAUGGAAGAAAGAGAAACCCCGAGGCCGGAGUGGCAACUACAGAUUUGUAUGGCAACUGUACUCUGAGGCAUUCUGGGACAUCUGCAGCAGCUCCAGAGGCAGCUGGAGUGUUUGCUCUGGCUUUAGAGGCUAACCUAGAUCUAACAUGGAGAGACAUGCAGCAUCUGACUGUGCUCACCUCAAAACGAAACCAGCUUCAUGAUGAGGUUCAUCAGUGGCGACGGAAUGGGGUCGGCCUGGAGUUUAAUCACCUCUUUGGGUACGGGGUCCUUGAUGCAGGCGCCAUGGUGAAAAUGGCUAAAGACUGGAAAACCGUGCCGGAAAGAUUCCACUGUGUGGGAGGCUCAGUGCAGGAUCCUGAGAAAAUACCAUCCACUGGCAAGUUGGUGCUGACCCUCACCACUGAUGCCUGUGAAGGAAAGGAAAAUUUCGUCCGCUACCUUGAGCAUGUCCAAGCUGUCAUCACGGUCAAUGCAACCAGGAGAGGAGACCUGAACAUCAACAUGACUUCCCCUAUGGGUACAAAGUCCAUUUUGCUGAGUCGGCGUCCAAGGGAUGAUGACUCCAAGGUGGGCUUUGACAAGUGGCCUUUCAUGACCACCCACACUUGGGGUGAAGAUGCCCGAGGAACCUGGACCUUGGAGCUGGGGUUUGUUGGGAGCACACCUCAGAAGGGGGUGUUAAAGGAGUGGACACUGAUGCUGCAUGGUACGCAGAGCGCCCCUUACAUUGACCAGGUUGUGAGGGAUUACCAGUCCAAGCUGGCCAUGUCCAAGAAGGAGGAGCUGGAAGAAGAGCUGGAUGAAGCUGUGGAGCGAAGCCUGAAAAGCAUCCUGCACAAGAACUAGUGUUGUACCCUGGCUCCAGUGCCUCCCUUCCUCCCCCAUCUCUGCCUCUGCCCUCACUCCAUACUCUGUCAGGCACCUAGCAACUGUCACCCCCAUGCAAGCAAUUCCAACUUCUUGAUCUGAAGCUUCACUCACUGUCAAUGAUUAUUUUCAUUACAAUGGAAGGAAUCUUUUUUUUAUUCUAUGCCUCAAAUACAGUGUUCCCACCAACACCUAUGUUCUAGUUGUGACUCUAGGUUCUUUACUUGUGUCAUUUAAAUAGGUGAUAUCUGCAAACAAAACUUGGACAACUUUCCUCUCUAUUUUUCAUACCUGAGAAGAAAAGAGAAUACAUUUAAAAAGCUACACAUGGUAACUCCAAGAAUGUUUUUUCAUGAUCUCAACUGACCUGUUACAUAAAAAGAAAAUCAAGUGUGAGCUCUGAAUCUCUUAAAGCACAGGAGAUGCUGUAAAUGCUUUGGGGAAAGAUGUUUUGAACUUAGCAAGAUUUCUUCAGUGGUGUAGAUGAAGGGGGCAUGACUUGAAAGAUGACAUCCAUGAGAGCCAUAAUUACUUGAGGGAGAGGAGUCAAAAAGCAUGAGCACUGGAAAUAUUACCACCAAUGCCAACAUCAUAACUUGUCCUACUCAGCCAGCAUGACAAAUACAAACCUAUGUAGCUUGGCUGUCCUUUCACCAGCUACUGCUCCAAAUUACAGUAAAACAUUCUAGAGGAGCCCAAAUUACUCUUAGUCUGUAUAGAGUUCAUCUCAGCCCCAAUUUUCUGGGGUUUGUCACAUAGCUAUCCAAAAGAAAAACAGGCAAGGCAGGUCUGGCAACACGUCAUCAUAGUUUUUGACCCAGGAACAUUUCUUUUCCUAAGUCAUUUUGGGACUUCUUAAUCUGACAUAAGCAAGAAGCCUAGUGAAUAUUUUUGACAGUUUUUCACACGUGAACUUGAGCUUUGAUUUCCAAAACAUAUGGUUGGAGGGCAAUAUCUUACUCCUUCCUGUUGUGAUUUCUGGGAUGUGUUAGAGAAAUGGCCUCUGUUCAGGCACUGGUGUGUGGAGGGUGAAAGGGGAGUGUCUGAAGAUGUGAACAGCCGUCUGCACAUAGACCUUCAUUUGUGUGGAGGCUUUUCUGCCAAAAUGGGGAUGCCAACUCAUCCCUAGGUAAAGGGAGGCCUGAAGGAAGCAAGAGAAGCCCUUGCUGGGGGAAAGCACAAUUACCAGGUUGGCAACUAAGCAAUCCAGAGCGUGUUUAACAGGUAAUCUGAAGCUGAUACAUUCCUUUCCUCUGUCAACCCCAAAAGACAGCAUGACAUUUCAUUAUCAAAGAAAUUGAUACAUGCUGACUUGCGAACACUUUGUUUUCCUACUCAAGGACUGUCUCCUCAUCCCCACUCCCCCUGCCCACCCAGUCCCAAGAACUGAUCAACCACUUUUGGCUACAUUGCUCUCUUCCCCUGGGAGCACAUAGCUAACCCUCGAGUUCCUUUCCCUAAAGCCAGCAACACCAGAACAUUAGUUUCCAUUCAAUGAAGGUUGUGAUUUUAAGAGAGAAGUCUGAAAAAUCCAUUUUCUUUCUUUCUCCCCAGCCCCAUGUUGGCAUGAAUUUCUGUCUUCUCCGACACCAUA